GGAAAAUUACCACAGCAUAGUUUCAUUUCCUGCUCUUGAAUAUCUGGCUGAACUACUUAAGCUUAAUUUGUUAAACCCCAGUAAGUACCUAUCCCACAUGAUUUGACUCAGAGAUUCUCUUUCCUCCACAGGCAGUCAUCUGAGGAGCAGAAAGAAGAGAGCUCCCAAAUGCUAUGUCUAUUCAGGGCCUCUCAAGAACAAUGGAAUAUCAUCCUGAUUUAGAAAAUUUGGAUGAAGAUGGAUAUACUCAAUUACACUUCGACUCUCGAAGCAAUACCAGGAUAGCUGUUGUUUCAGAGAAAGGAUCUUGUGUUGCAUCUCCUCCUUGGCGCCUCAUUGCUGUGAUUUUGGGAAUCCUAUGCUUGGUGAUACUGGUAAUAGCUGUGGUCCUGGGUACCAUGGGGGUUCUUUCCAGCCCUUGUCCUCCUAAUUGGAUUAUAUAUGAGAAGAGCUGUUACCUAUUCAGCCCGUCACUAAAUUCCUGGGAUGGAAGUAAAAGACAAUGCUCGCAACUGGGCUCUAAUCUCAUAAAGAUAGACAGCUCAAAGGAAUUGAUUUCAGAUCAGAACCACAGCUACCCAAGAAAACCCAUCUCCAAAUUGUGUAUGGAUUCAUGUGUCAGUCAUUUAUGACCAACUGUGUAGUGUGCCUUCAUAUAGUAUUUGUGAGAAGAAGUUUUCAAUGUAAGGGGAUGGGUGGAGGAGGAAAGAGAAAUAUGUGAGCUAGUAAGGUAGACAGAAAAAGGAACAGAGAAGAGUAACAGUUGAGGUCAAAAUAAAUGCAGAAAAUGUUUAGUGAGCUUGGCAAACUGUAAUCUUAACCAAGAAAUUGAAGGGAGAGGCUGUGAUUUCUGUAUUUGUCGACCUACAGGUAGGCCAGUGUAAUUGUUCUAUGUGCUAAAUCUCUCGACAUGGAAUCAGGGCAGCUAAGCUUGAAUUUUUUUUUUUUUUUUUUUUGGAGAUAGGGUUCUCACUUUGGUCACCCAGGCUGGAGUGCGGGUGGCACCAAUCUCGGCUCCACCGCAGCCAUCUCUAUUGCCUCAGCCCCCCCAAGUAGCUGGACUACAGGUGCAUGUCACCAUACCAGGCUAAUUUUGGUGUGUUUUGUAGAGGAACUGGAUUUUGCCAUGUUGGACAAGCUGGUCUUGAACUCCUGGGCUCCAAAGUGAUCCUUGCCCCACCUUGGCCUUUCCCAAGCAGUGCUGGAUUUACAGACGUG